GUGAGUGAGAGAGAUAAAGAGAGAGAGAAAGAGGGAGGGAAGAUGUGUGAGAGAGAGAGGGAAGAUGAGAGAGAGAGAGUUUAAGGGGGGUUGGUUGGUGAGGAGGGGAUAAUCAGUGAGGAUGGACUGAGCUUAAGAGCAGUUGUCACGUUUAGAGAAGUGCUAUCGGAGGGAGAGGAGCGGUUCUGAGGAUUUGAUCACUGCAGGGGAAUAAAAACAGCUUUUGAAGUUAAACUGGUCUUCAAUUGGGUGAAGUCUGAGGGACUUCUUAACGAAGAUCACGCAUGUUCUGUCUCCCUUCGAGAGCAGAUGGGCCACACUGGCUCAGAUGGUGCGGUGGCAGCAGGCUGGGGACUCGGGAGCCAAAGUGAGCGAGAGACGCAGAUAGGGACCAGAUCAAGUGCCGUCCACAGGCUGCCCUCUCUGAACUGGGAGUACUUGGAGCUCUCGUGCUGAUUGAAGAGCUUUUAUAUCGCUAGACCAUUUGAAGCAGACUGAGGCUGGAGAGAACUGGAUCAGUUUGUGUUCUUGCAGAUGUGCUACAGUUUUGGAUCUGAUUCACAAUCCAGAAUGCUGAAGACACGAUGGAUCCUCUGGGUUAUCUGAGGUUGCUGCAAGCCUGCGCCCCCCCAGCUCUCCUUCACCCUACACGCCCUCCUCGUUCCAGGGCGUCUGACCACACAGUGUCUGGCUCCUGGCAGACCAACUAGAGCCCCCCCGCACAAAGGUGAAAGGCGACCCGUCCCUGUGGAAGUAUGCCUGGAUGGAGGUCCCAGUGGCGUCUGGUGCUGCUCAACCUGCUGACCUGUGGCCUGGAGAUCUGCGUGGCAGCCGGAAUCACCUAUGUGCCCCCGCUGCUGCUGGAGGCUGGUGUGGAGGAAAAGUACAUGACCAUGGUGCUGGGCAUUGGUCCUGUCCUGGGCCUCCUCUUCAUCCCUCUCAUCGGCUCGGCCAGUGACCACUGCAACAGCAUCUAUGGCCGCCGCCGGCCCUUCAUCUGGCUGUUAUCACUUGGCGUUCUACUGGCUCUCCUCAUCAUCCCCCACGCCGAUGUCCUGGCCGUUCACCUCAGCUGGGGCAGCAGCCGCCCAAACCAGGCCCUCCAGAUAGGCCUGCUCAUCCUGGGUGUGGGCCUGCUGGACUUUUGCGGUCAGGUGUGCUUCACACCACUGGAGGCACUGUUGUCUGAUCUGUACCGCGAACGAGAGGACUGUGCCCAGGCCUUCGCCAUGUUCUCCUUCAUGGUCAGUCUGGGUGGCUGCGUGGGCUACCUGCUGCCCGCGCUGGACUGGAGCGGCGGCCUCCUGGCCUACUACCUGGGUGGCCAGGCUGAGUGUCUUUUCACCCUCCUCAUCCUCAUCUUCAUCGUCAGUGUGCUGGUCACUAUGAAGGUGUCGGAGGAGCCCUCGUGCAGGCCGCUGGUGCCGGAGGCUGGGCCGUCGGACGCUGGACCCUGUGGCCCUCGCUCUUGCUGCUACGUAUUACAGUGUAAACUCAGGCUGCUGAAGUCUGGUCCACUGCUGUGCUUACUCAGGACUUGUUGGUCCAUGACCCCAGCAAUCUACCGGAGCUACUGCCACGUUCCGCAAGUCAUGAGGCAGCUGUGUGUGGCUCAGCUGUGCAGCUGGAUGGCCGUCAUGUCCUUCAUGCUCUUCUAUACGGACUUUGUGGGCGAGGGACUGUAUGAAGGAGUGCCCAGUGCUGCUCCAGGCACUGUGCUCAGACAGCGAUAUGAUGAAGGCAUCCGUAUGGGCAGCCUGGGGCUGUUCCUACAAUGUGCUACCUCAACCUUCUUCUCGCUGGUCAUGAGCCGGCUAGUGCAUGUGUUUGGCUCCAGGAAGGUCUACCUGAGUAGCAUGGUGUCCUUCACCGUCUCUGCGUUGAUCAUUUGUCUGUCCAAGAGUGUGCUACUGGUCACAGCCAUGUCUGCACUCACAGGGUUUGCUUAUGCCACUCUGCAGACUCUGCCAUACACACUCACUUGCCACUACCACAAAGAGAAGGAGGUAUACAUGCAGACCAACAAAACCAAAAAGACGCACAAGAGUGGACUGAGCAUCAGCCAUGAGGCUGUACGUCUCACAUUAGAUGAUGACACUGGUGAUCUGAACCACAAGAGUGGCUAUGCUAAUGGCCAUGUACACUACGACCAGGAAUAUUACCCGUCUCAGCACAGUCAGAAUGGUACGCCUCCUGGUCUGGAAUCAGACGAUUAUGACAAACGGGGGGUGGGCUUGGAUUUUGCCAUUCUGGACAGCACCUUCCUGCUCUCUCAGGUCUUCCCCACCCUCUUCAUGGGCAUGAUCGUCCAGUUCACACAGUCCGUCACUGCCUACGUUGCCUCUUCUGCCAUUUUCGGUGCAAUUGGUGUUUAUUUUGCCACUCACAUCAUCUUUGACCAAAAGGAUCUUAAAGAAUGAGAGAAUACAGCUGAUGAAAAGACUUGAGUGGCGUAAAAUCACAAGUUGUUCGUCUUGGGAAGUGUGUAUAUGAUGGAGAAAGAGAAAAACCGCAUUCUAUAAGUAUGCUUUGUAACAUACACUUUAAGGUACCAUAAAACCAAAACUGGACUGAAAGAUCUAUCGUCAUGCAAAGCCUCUGCAGUUAUUCAUUAUCUGACCCGCUCUUCCUCUGUCUGCAGUUUGCCUACGCAAGAGCAUCCUGCUUGCACCACCAUGCUUCCUCAUCACUCAACAGACAAUUUGGAAAAAUCUCUUGCUACUUCAUUUUCACUGCUCACUGGCACAGACCAGGAAACUCUCCUUUCUAAGUUAAUGCUUUAGCUCAUUUCCUUCCAUUUGCACUGAUGCAUGUUUUACCAUCGCAGUCCUCAUUCUUGAACUGUUCACUCUGGGAUGGCCUACGUAAUAUAAGCUCAGCAGGCCGAGGAAGGCAGGCCCAGACGGCCUGACGGUGCUGUGGAGCUGUAGGCACAGCCCUCAUAACAGCUCCAUGCUGAUCAAGCUUUUUUGUUCAUUCAUAGUUUAUGCUCAGUUUUAAGGACAAAUUACACAUUUGAAAGAGUCCUUUCACCAACACAAUGAAUGGAAUGAAACUUGGACCAACGGACACAUCAGUCAGGUGUGAUGUGUGAUGAUGCAAAUACCUUUUAUGUUUAAGAAAAUUUUAGAAAAAUAACUUUUAUUGUAUAUAUUUUUGUAUAUCGAUAAUAUAUAUACAGAUAUUUAUAUCCCUAUGGGAAAUUUUUAUGCAACCUGCUUAGUGAGGUCAUCUCUAUUUAUGUUCUGUUGCUCGCAUCAAACAAAAAAGUAAUUUUUCAUGAACUACAUUUUGUCUAUGUGGUUAGUAACCAGCACUAAUAGCCAAAUACAGCCAGAAUCUACCAAGACAAUCUAGGUUAUUUUUGUAUGGAGAUCUAAACUACCUAUAUCACAUUUUGUGCCACAAAUUAUCACACAUUUGUAGAAUGCUGCAGCAGGGCAGGGAAAGGCGUUAUUAAUUUUGAAUGUGAAUUUUAGGAAGAUGCCCCAUCAAAUUUAGUGUGCUUUGUAGCAGACAAACAAUAGGACUCUCAGGAUGGACCCACUGUCUCAUCAGAGCUUCAGUUAUGCACCAGGUAUCCAUCAACAACAAGUAUUCAAAUUACUGAAAAUUGAAGAGGGUAUCUAGCCAGCUUUUACAGUCAUAUAUAAUUUAUUAUGCCUGCUGUUUACAGUUCAAAUCCAAAUGUACUGUCAAAUUGUGAAGGCCAAGUUACUGUCUAUCAAUUAUCAUUUCAUGAUUUCUGCACUCCUAGUCUUGCAAGUUGGGUAAUACCAUAAGUAUUCUUUUUGGUAUGGAUUUUGGCAUUGCUAUUAGCUAACAUACCGCAUUGUGUGUGACUUCACUGCCAUUUAUGUGAGGGCCCAAACCCCUUGAGAACAUUUUGAAUUUUUUUUGUUUUGUUUUCACAUCUAGUUGUUGUUCUAUUGUGGUUGUUUUGUCGUGGAACUAACUGUUCACCUUGCUUUGAAAGACGUUUUCCCAAGUUGAAUAACCACCUGACCUCUUGAUAUAAAUUAAUCUCAACUUUAAAGUGCCUAAAUAAAGACUGUAAAUAGGCAUUUACUUAUCAGGUCAGGAAAAAACACAAGCACAAUGCUUUUUUUUUUUUCUUUUGCUGUGUGAGUCAAGGCUGUUAAUGUGGUGCCUUUUCCUGUGAGAAGUUAAAUUAUUCUUUUUAUUCUUUUUUAUAGACAGACUGCUAUUUAUUUGAAAAUGCCUUCAUCCUGUUUUGGAGCUGUGCAUGCAGUGGUUUCACACUUUGAAGCGUAUGUUAUGAGACUGUUCAUCUUAUUCCAUUUAUGCCUACCUUUCAUAAUUAAUUACUAUUUGAGUUGAUAUUAAUGAUGCUGUACAAACAGGCAAAAGGGGUUACUGCCUCAGCACAAAACACCUUAUAGUGUAUCAUCCAUCACCCUGUUGGGCUCUAUGUGCCUCAUAUCGAAUUGUAAGUGUGUACAUUACAGUGUGCCAUCACUUGAUUUCAGAACACAUUAACAGCUUUAACCUCAAAAUGGACAAAUUCAGCAAUUCAUUAAGACACACACAGUAUUGUGAGUCAUGUUGCAUAUUAUAAGCACGACAGAUAACAACAGUUACUGAUCUGUUUACACAUAUAGUCAGUCAGGAUAUUUGUAACCACUGUACUUGUGCAACAUCCUGGGAUUUUUAUGCUUAUCAUUAAAAUGUUUUUUGUUUAAUAGUUACAUCACAUUAAAUUAAAUCUUUUUGUAACAGU